AGUCGUUAGUUCUCGGCGUUUGUUUACAUUCGUUGCAUUUGAUCUGUGAUACAUUUGAUUUGUGUUGUUAAUUUGCUUUUAUAAGUAGUCGGAAAUGGCAAGUUGUGCUAUAGCGUUGUGUCAGAAUUAUAGAAGGAAAACUAAAAGUCAAGGCAUCACAUACCAUCGUUUUCCAAGUGAUCCAGAACUUCGUAAGUUAUGGACUAAUCGCUGCAAAAGAGCAGAUAAUUUCAACAUCGAAAAUGCCAGAAUAUGUGCUCUUCAUUUUACACCUGAUGACUACGUACGAGAUCUAAAGGCAGAAUUGCUUGGUUCAACUCCUAAAAGGGUGCUGAAAGCCAAUGCUGUUCCCACUUUACAUCUUCCGUCAUCAUCAUGUGAAAAUAACUCAUCAAUAAAGUAUAUAUGUUGUGCUUCAAAAACUGAACCUAAUCUGGAGAGAACGUUUUCUAACAGGAAUGAGUCAUCUAAAUUUAUGCUAAAAAGGGAUAGAGCAAGCAGGUGUCAGGCUCGGGGAACAAGGAAACGAGCAUUGGAAAAUUUAGCUUCCCUUUCCCCCAAAAGAAAAAAAAAAAACUACAAGCUGAUAAGAUAG